CACCCUUUCCUUUCCUUUUUUCUUUUUUUUCCCCACCCCGCACCGUCAUAUUUGGUCCUCCGGAAAUCUCCACAGCUCGGAGUAAGCCAGUCCCAAUGCAGCGGCGGUCUGGGGUGGAGUAGAGUUUAAAUGAAAAUUUUUAAAUUAUUAUUAUUAAAUGUAUGGGAAAGCGCGUCCGAGCGGCGGCAGCAGCAGCAGCAGCAGCUGAGGAGGAGGAGGGGAGGGCUGGAAAUCCAACGACUGCGCGCCGGGAAAGUUUGUCCUGAAGCUGCGCUCUCGGUGCCUCGGACCGUCGGCUCUAAAAUGGCUGGCUGUAGGUCCGAGGCAGAGCUCCGGUAACCUGCGGACACAGACGGAUCCGCUCAGAACCGGGCUGUAGAGACUAACAACAGACUCGUGUCUCUGCUCGGUUAGGAGACGCAGGUCCGAGAGCUGCCAAGGCGCACAGAUAAAUGAGAUUUAAUAAUAACAAUGGCGUUUCGGACCCAGGACUGUGCGUAAUGGCGUCCUCCGCGGACUCUUCUGCUCGGGUUUUAUUCCAAUAUAUAAUUCCCAUCUGCAAUCCAAACGGGUUGGGAGUGUAAUAAUCUGACAAGUAAUCAGGAAAGAAAUAGAAAGAGGUAUGCCCCAAAAUGGAUCCUCAGUUGGCCUCAGUCCUGACCAGUGGCAGCCUGGAAGUCCAAAAUGGCAGCCUGCAUGGAGAGGAUUCAGGAACAGAGGUUGUUCUGGACCCAAAGGAUGAAACCAGCUCACCCAGCACCAAACCAGGUAACCUCAAGUCCUGCCUAGUCAAAGCAGCAGUGACCAUCAGGAGAGAUGCUCAAUCAAUCAAUGGGAAAAAGCCAGAGGUGGGCGGGACUUGUGAGCCAGCCUCUCAGGAAACCAGUAAGAUUGGCGGCCUCAGACAGCCAAUCAAAGUAAAGCCUGGAGUGCCUGCUCUGCGAGGGCAGCCAGUAAGAAUCAAAAUUGUGGUUCCUCCGGGGCGCAAGAAGCCAAUCGCCAACUCUGCCGUCAGCCUGACCAAAGACUGUGCUGCUCCACAAACUGAGGGGCCUGUUCUGUCCUCUGCUCAAGCUCCGGUCGCAGGAAAAAGCAGAGGUCGGGUCCAGAGAUCAGCUGCUAGACGAGAAGGGGACAUCAGACAGGAUGCCUCUCAGAAGGCAGAGGAGGGAGCAGAUGCAGAAUCAUUCCUGGAGGAAGAGGAGGAGGAGGAGAGCAAAGACACAACUAUUCUGGAUGUUAAAACUGUGCACAUGGACGAGUCAGAGAUGAGUUCUGUGUCCCACACUACUGUAGUUCAAGAGGACGCCGCGGAUGGAGAAGCCGAGCAACACGUUCCUCAGAUUUUGCGAAAAACAAACUCUGAUUCUCUUAAACUGUUUGAUGAAACGGAGGAGCAGACGGAACCGCUGGAUCUGAGUUUGCCGAAGAAAAGGGUCAGUCGAGACCGGAGUCACGGACGCCUGGUGGGCGACCCCGGUGGUGAGAGCUCGCUGAUCAUGGAGGUGGACGAAUACGAGGGAGACGGAGACAGAGACAUGGUAGAAGAAGACGUUAAUGAGGGCUCUGAAGGACCCCUCUUGUCCCCCUCUUUCUUUUCUACCUCUGUCCUGAUGUCUCUGUCUCCUGUAGACUGCGACACAGAAGACCUGCUUCUCAUCGACGAUCAGGGGAUCCCGUACACGCUCAGUCCGGACGGACUCAAAGUGCCGCAAGUUGAUGCGUCCAUGUCAGGCGCUCCUCAGUCUGAUCAGGUGGACUCAGCAGAGCAGGAAGAAAAGAGCUCUUCGCAUUCGGCUACAUUAGCAGGUCCUAGCUUUAGCCAAAGUUUAGAUCUUGCACCAUCUUCUGCUGAAUUUGACCCCCCAUCAGCCGAUGAGCCAUCACCAAAUGUCAACGAUCCAAAAAAAAGUCCAGAAAUAUUUUCACGCUCACAGGCAAACCCAGAUCCUCCAGAGCUGAACGUUGAUGUCACUCAGGAGGCGAAUGGGGUUGUGUCUCCUGCAUCUGGGUUAUCGCUUCCCACUCAACCCAUCCAGAUCCUCACCAACUCUUCGACCAACCCCCCACUUCUCCUCCUGUCUUCCUCCUCUUCGGGUGCAGCUGGCCUCUCGCUUCCCCUCUCAGUCGCUCCGAUGUCGCCCGGUGCUUCCACGCCUGUGAUACUUCUCCUCUCCUCUGUGUCCGCCUCAUCCGACGACUCCAGCUCUACCUCCACCGCCGCCUUCGCUGUCCUCGACCCCUCCACUGGUCAGCUGUCCCAGGUCACGGCGUCCUCGGCUCCUCUCUCGCUCCCUCUGUCCUCCGCUCAGGUCGGUGGGCUGGGCCCCAUGCUUUCUUCUAACCCCGUCGUCAAACUGAGCCCUGGCGGCUCGCCCCUUGUCCUGUCAGGGGUUAGCCCCGUGACCCCUGGCCCCGCUCUCACAUCCCUCACCGUCCCUUCAUCUGCACUGCAGGACAGCCACCUCAGCAAAGCCCUUCAAUCUCCAAACUACUCUGGAUCAAACCCAGGAAGUGAAGCCAUAUCUGCUGAAAAAAGUGAACUGAAGAAGCCAUCAACCUGUGCAACGACCUCGCCACAGCCUCCGCCUGCAACACGCGAGCCCUUAGCUCCGCCCGCUUCGCAGGCCACGGCCCAAUCACCAGCCUCAGAACCUAAACUCGACCCCUCCGAUCUCCACCCCGAACAUUUACCUCUGGACGACCACCUUUACUUCUUGAACUCGGCCGCUCCUCCCUCCCCUCCCAUCGGACCUCUCCUCCCCUCUGCCAAACUGGACUCCCUCGAGGGCCUGGACCCCCUCUCUCCGGAGGAGUCCCCCAACAGUCUGAGCUCCCGUCGGGUGCUGUGCUGCCAGCUGUGUCCGCGGAUCUUCUUUUACCUCUCCGAUCUGGAGCGGCACGCCAUCACACACUCGCAGAAGAAGCCUCACGUCUGCCAGCAGUGCGGCAAAGCCUUCAAACGCUCCAGCCACCUGCAGCGACACAAGCACAUCCACACAGGCCAGAGGAACUUUGUGUGUCCCAUCUGCUCCAAGCGAUUCAGGGAGGCGGGGGAGCUCCAGCGCCACCAAAGGGUGCACACCGGCGAGAAGCCCUACCAGUGCCAGCUCUGCCACACGCGCUUCGCCGAGCGCAACACCCUGCGAAGACACACCAAACGCAAACACCCGUAUCACCAGGUCGCCAUGGAGAUGCUGAACGAGAGGCGGGAGAGAGGCGGAGACGGGGGAGGCGGCGGCGGAAGAGGGGGUGUGCAGGAGGAAGAAGAGAGCGCAGAAUGGUACAGCUCAGCUGUGUCGACUCUGGAUAACUCAGAGUCCGAGAUGGAAACGUAAUGUUUCUAACUAAAGGAAAAGGUACGGAGCCUCACGAGGGUCGCAGGAAAAUAAAAGUUUGAGGUCGUGAAAAUCAUCAGGGGUGCCCAAACAUUUUCCCAGAGAGGGCCGAAAUGAAAAUCUAUCCAAAGGCUGUGGGCCAAAUGCAAUAAUGUAAUACAUGAAGUGCAAAUACUUUUAAGUAAAGUCCUUUUAUUUUUUUAUGAUUAAACUAGCAGCCAGUUCAGUGACCCACAUUAUUU